AGAUUGGAUAAUUGGAAUGGCAGCACUUAAUAAGGAAAUAACAGAACUCGAUUGGCUGCUCUAUUGCAAUAUACUUUACCAUCUUCAAGAAGGAUACUACGGAACAGUUUUGACAAUCUGCGAUGAGGAAUUGCAUAAAGCAAGCGAUUCCCGUCAACUUAUGCUAUUUCGAUCGAUUGCUUUAAUUAAGCACGGUCAAUAUGUGGAAGUAAUACGCUUGCUUCACUUACUUCGUCAGGAUGCAAUUGUUGGCUUUGCAGCAUCAGUGAUUCUUCGAACAGCGCACGCUUUACUCAAAAAUCCAGAUCGAGAAGAAAUAUUUGAACUGGAUCGAACUAUCAAUGAGGCAGACAUUAAUGCGAAUAUGGAGACUAGAUAUAAUGCAGCAAUUGCUUACAUGUUACUCGAUAACAAUGAUAAAGCUCGUUCUAUAAUCGAGAAAUCACCUGAUUCCAACAACAUUCAAUUUAUCGUUCUUCAAGCUUGGAUCGAAUUACAUCUUGGCAAAGAUAUAAAUACUGCGCAAAAACUUUUUAAAGAAGGCAUUGCAGCAGAAUACCCGAGCGCAUAUAUCGGAAUGGCACGCUUGUUGGAAAGACAAAGAAACUUGACAGAGUUGCGUCAAGUUCUUUACACUUUGAUGAAGAAAGUUCCAACGUUUCUUCCUGGAUACAUUGAAUACUGUAAAGCAUAUUUGAUGGGUCAUGACUGGGAACACUGCAUUGAACAAGUACAACGGACGUUGCUUCUACAGAAUGAUUGUUUGCAUGUUCGUUGGUUAGAGGUGAUUCACGAACUGAUCAUAAAAGGUCGUGUAAUGGAGACUGAAAAUGCCCUUCAAAAUCUUGCUGAAGCAAUUGAGAAAAACGAGCCGAAAAAUUAUCAAUUGCAUCAUAAAAUUGCUCAACUUAUCAUUCGAAUCACUGCGUCUGAUCAUCCAGCGGCUAAAUUUGCUAGGAAGCUGAUUGAUAGAGUAAUUUCAAUGACGAAGAACCAGGAAUAUUUGUAUGAACAGGUGCGAUUACUGCUACAAGGUGGAGAUUUCAAGACGGCUGAAUCAGUUACGCUGGAAGCGUUAAAAGAUGAUGUCGCUCCAAAUGAACAAUUAUUAAUUGGUGUAGCACAAUGCUUCAUUGCAAAAGGUCACAUAGAUGAUGCAGUUACUCAGAUGGAAUUCGUAAAAGCAGCACAUCCGGAUAUCUGUCAAACUAGUCUCUACAUCUACCUAAUGGCAGUGUUAGAUAAAGAACAGCAUAAACCGCUUGAACAAUUCCUGCAAAAAAUACGAAAUGCAGUGGAUUUACAUCUAUCAGCAUUGCAGAGCGUUGUUUUUGGUGUGGAAUAUUUGAUAUUACUUGAUCCGAACUUAUUGAUUGAUAUGGCAUUGCAGCUUUACGAAUUUGCACCACUCACGCCAACGAACUCCACUAAUGUUGUUCUCAAAGAGAUUGAUAGAAUCCUAACACUAGUUCGGGAUUUUUGUCCAGCAUUAUUGACUGCUAUGUAUCUCUUAGCCAAAGCAAAAUAUCUUUCAAUGGACUUUGCUGAAGCAGAACGAUUAUUAGAAAGUUGCACCGAGAAAAAUGGUGCUCCUCCAGAGGCUUACUUACUUAUGGCACAGAUUCACCUCCACAAAAAUAAUUAUGAAGAAGCCGGUAAAUGUUUGGAUAUUGGCCUAAGUAACAAUUUCAAAGUUCGCGAACAUCCGCUGUACCACCUUAUCAGGGCAAAACUCCAAAAGAACUCGAAACAGAUCGCGGCAUCGAUACAAACAUUGCAGAAAGCAACCGAACUGACCUCGUUUAAAGCUAAUGAGUCGAAAAAACGCGAGAAUUUGGAGGUUGUUGAUGCGGAUCGUAUUGCCAUCUACUUGGAAUUAAUGGAUUCCUAUCAGCAACUUGGACAGCUUGCAGAAGUUGAUGCAGUGAUGAAAGAAGCGCACAACCGUUGGGCUGGCAAAACGGAACAACAACAGUUUGUGCUAAUGGAAGCAAAUCUGAAAUUACAACGCAAAGAUGUUAAUGGUGCGUUAGAGGUUCUUGCAUCUGUAUCACCUACGCAGGCUAAUUAUCAAGCAGCUCGCAUUAAAAUGGCUGAAAUUUAUUUGAACGAGAAAAAGGAUAAACGAAAAUUUGCUGUUUGCUUCAAAGAGCUUGCACAAAACAGUCCAUCACCAGUGGCGUAUAUAUUGCUCGGCGAUGCUUACAUGAGCAUACAGGAGCCUGCACGAGCAAUUGAAGUGUAUGAAACAGCGCUGAAAAGUAAUCCAAAGGAUGAUGUCCUAGCUGAAAAAAUAGGCCAAGCAUACGUUCAGUGUCAUUUUUAUACGAAGGCAAUCAAUUAUUAUGAAGCAGCACUGAAAAGUGGACGUAAACCAUCAAUGAGAAUGCGCUUGGCGGAACUGUUGUUUCAGCUAGAAUAUUAUGAAAAAUGCGAAAAAGUAUUACGUCAGGCACUUGAUGCAGAUCAAAAUCCUGUCGACAUAGCCCGAAUGAGUGACCAUGUAUCCUAUUUGUCCUUGUUGUCGAAACUGCAUUUCGAAAAUGGUAAUUGGAAAGAAGCAUCCAUAGCUCUAGAACGUGCACGUGAAAUUCAAUUAUCUAUAAUUGCAAAACCACCAGGCGAGGUUGCAAACCUUAUCGAUGAGAAAAAACUUGCUGCAAAGAUAAGCUGUCAGCUAGCAGAAUUACAUUGGAAUCGAAGGGACGCUAAUAAAGCAAUUGAUCUUUACCAAGAAGCUGUUUUUUUGAAUGAUACAGACAUCAAGAUAAUGACAGCACUUGCAAAUUUGUAUCUCUCCCUUGGCAAACUGGAUGCUUGCAAUACACAAUGUCAACUGAUCCUGAAUAUUGACCGAAGUAACGAUGAUGCUACAUUGAUGAUGGCCGAUCUGUUGUACCAGUCUAAUGAAGCUGGUAAAGCAACUAUUCACUUUACACAACUACUCAAUAGGAAUCCAAAUCAAUAUCAUGCGCUAGCAAGAUGUAUUGAGUUGAGUUGGCGAAGAGGAAAUGUGGAACAAGCAGAAAAAUAUCUGAGAAAUGCUCUCAGUGCGAACCCUCGUGCUACACUUGAUGCUGGAUUUAAUUACUGCAAAGGAUUGCAUGAAUGGUAUACUGGAGAUCCAAAUGCAGCACUUCAAGCAUUCAAUCGCGCACGACGUGAUCUGGAAUGGGGCGAACGAGCUACUUAUAAUAUGAUUGAAAUAUGCUUAAAUCCGGAUAACGAAAUAAUUGGAGGUGGAUCGCUUGACUACAAUCGGGACUGCAAUACAAACAAUGGGAAUGAUAGAGAAGUGGGUACGAAGACGGCGGAAAGAUUUCUGAAGGAAUUACAGUGCAAACCUGGACUGGACUACAAGUAUCGGCUAAUGGAAAAUUUCAUCAUGCUGAUGAGCAGUAAUCGUGGAAAUGUGCAGCAGGCAUUGACAAAUUUUCUUAGCAUGGCUAAAACUGAAGAUCCAGGAGUGGUAAGCGUUGGUGCACUCCUUGGUUCAGCCCGAGCUUAUUUAAUUUUAAAACAAAUACCAAAAGCGAAAGCUCAAUUAAAACGUGCACUUGGCUAUACAUGGACAUUGGAGGAUGCUGAUUACUUAGAAAAAUGUUGGUUGCUAUUAGUCGAUGUCUACAUUAAUCAAAGCAAAAAUGACCAAGCUUCCGAUAUAUUGCGAACUGUUUUACAGCACAAUGCGAGCUCUAUUAAAGCAUUUGAAUACAAGGGAUAUAUAUGUGAAAGAGAACAGAAAUGGGAUGAGGCAGCGGCAAAUUAUGAAGAAGCUUGGCGCCUAAGCAAAUGCAGGAAUCCAACUGUCGGCUACAAACUUGCUUACAACUAUCUGAAAUGUCGGAAGCUCUUCGAAUGCAUUGAAAUAUGCCAUCGUGUGCUGGAACUUUAUCCGAAUUAUCCGCGAAUCAAGCGUGAAAUUAUGGACAAAGCGAGAGCAAGCAUACGCACAUGACUAAUCCAGCAAACUUCGUAAGCCGUUAUGACAAGUAUAGUGCCAUGCUUCCCUUUGUUUUCUUACAAAAAAUGGUAUUAAACUGAUUUUGCAUGGAC